GCCCACCACCAACGGAACCAAACAACAACUCCGUGAGCUCCCUCCCCGUCUCCAGUCUCCACCCCUCCACCCCCUCCCCGAAGGGUGCCGCGAGCUGCUGGUGGGAGCUGCUGACCUCGCCGCGCCGCCGGCGACGCUUCCGUCCCCUCCGCCGCCGCCGCAGCUCCUCCGCGCGGAUUCAGUUGCCCAGCGACCGGCCCACGGCCGUGGAGGAGCGGCGCUGAUUGAGGCCGCGAGAUUCGGGGUUCUGCCAGGGGCGGGGGAGCUCUCCGGGGCGAUUCGGGGGAGGCCUCCUCGGAUUCCGGCGGGGAUUCAGCGGCGGAGGCGGCCUCGUUGGACUCCGGCGCUUGGGAACCCCUCCUAGGAAUGGCCGCUGGCGGCGACGGCGGCGCCAAGUACAACUCGUACAAGGCUCCGGGGCUGCGGGGCGCGAUACUGGAGGCGGCGCACGCCUCGUGCCUCGGGGACCGGUACGCGCUCGGGGAGCAGCUCGGGUGGGGCCAGUUCGGGGUCAUCCGGUCCUGCUCCGACAUGGUCACCGGCGAGGCGCUGGCCUGCAAGUCCAUCGCCAAGGACCGGCUCACCUCCCCCGACGACGUGCGGGGCGUCCGGCUCGAGAUCGAGGUCAUGGCGCGCCUCUCGGGCCACCCCAACGUCGUCGACCUCAAGGCGGUGUACGAGGACCAGGACUCGGUGCACCUCGUCAUGGAGCUCUGCGCCGGCGGGGAGCUCUUCCACCGCCUCCAGGAGCGCGGCUGCUUCCCGGAGCACGAGGCCGCCACGCUCUUCAGGUACCUCAUGGAGGUCGUCGCGCACUGCCACAGCAAGGGGAUCGUGCACCGGGACCUCAAGCCCGAGAACAUCCUCCUCGUCAGCAAGUCGCCGUCCUCGCCCAUCAAGCUCGCCGACUUUGGCCUCGCCACCUACACCCAGCCUGGUCAAAGAUUGAGCGGCACGGUGGGGAGCCCGUUUUACAUUGCGCCGGAGGUGCUUGCCGGCGGGUACAACGAGGCUGCCGAUGUGUGGAGCGCCGGGGUUAUACUCUACAUCCUUUUGAGUGGCAUCCCACCAUUCUGGGGGAAGACCAAGUCGAAGAUCUUCGAGUGUAUCAGGUCGACAGAGCUGCGGUUCCCUUCCGACCCCUGGGACAGGGUUUCGGAUUCGGCCAAGGAGCUCAUCACCGGCAUGCUGCGGCGCGAUCCCGCACAGAGGCUCACAGCUGAGCAAGUUCUAGAGCAUUCCUGGAUACGAGAACACGCCAACGAUUCACGCGAUUCCUGCGGUGGUUGCCUUGAGAUCGGCCUUGGGAGGGAGGAGCCUGGCUCGUGCUCGUUCUCCACGCCGAUGGCGACACGCAGCCGCGACGUGAGCUUCAGCACCGGCGGCCCGAUCGCCUGCCAGGGCCUGUCGGAAGAACCCUGCUCUCCAACAUUCUCCUGUAGAUCCUCCUUCUCUGCGUUCAGCGCAGCCAGGGCUCCAGCUCCAUCUUGCGGAGCCUUGUUAUUCUCAUUCGGUGACAGCCCCGAACCCAUGAAGGAUGCUGCGCCUGUGGUGUCGAUGCCGAGCUUCUCGUUCUUCUGUGGGCUAGGGUCCGAUGAGCCUGAGCCAUUGGUGGCAUCAGGCGACAUCACCACGGAGAAGGGAGCUCAUUGUGUCGAAGACGCCGCGGUGGUGUGCCUCAACACCUCCUCCUCGGCUCUGAGGAGGAUGGCGGAGGCGGCCCUGAGAGGGGCGGCUGUGACGAGGGCGAACCCGUCGUCACGCAGCAGGCGGAACCACACCAUCGGCGCCGGCGACGAGCGGGGGCACCAGCACGACCUGGACAUGGCGGUGGCCGAGUCGGUGAUCCGGUGGGCGUCGUGCACGCACCUGUCCACCACCCUCUCCCUCCGCGCCUCGCUCGUGUGCUAGCAUCAGCUCUCCACCGGCGUCGGAGUUUGUUCCUGUAGCCUGUCUCUCUGCUUGCACUGCGACGCAAGCCGGGGAAGUGAGAUGAGAAGAGAAGAGAUUAGAGAUGAGUGUGUCACUGCCACUGGUUGUAGUAGAAUGUAAUCUGGACAUGAUGAUAUAUCUAUAUAUUGUUAUAGACUUAUAGUA